AUUAGAACUGAGCACAUGAUCAAGUGCUUUGCAAACUCGUGGCGCGAAACGUUCGUACUUCACCACUUUAUUGAUAAUUUCCCUUCUUUUCUCUUGUCGAAAGGCCUAAGGGGAUUGUCAAAGCGCUUGUCGCAGAUACUCGUUCACGGACACGCGCCCCGGGUGCUGAGGCACAAGAGAAGCUUCAGAGAAACCAUCAACACCAUCGAGUUAGAGUCAAUCUAACGUUUGCAGCAUGGUAUUCCGUCCAGGGCCCCUGGCUGGGUGCCUCCCAGAGAUUCCAGACACUGUUCCACUUUGUGACUUCAUGCUGGAGGAGAGACACGGCAGGCGGCCAGUAGCUGAGUCCUUGGACCCGUUCGUGUGCGGAAUCAGUGGUAACACCAUUUCGGCACCGCAACUGAAAGACCGUGUCAAUCAUCUUGCAAAGGGGCUGGCGCAACAAUUUGGGUGGAAGGUGAAUCAUGGGACAGAAUUCGAUAAGGUGGCGGUCAUCUUUGCUCCUAACACUAUCGAUACUCUACCAAUCUCAUGGGCUAUUCAUCGCCUUAACGGCUUAUCUUCACCAGCCAAUGCAGUCUACAGUGCCGAAGAGCUUCACCACCAGUUGAAAACUUCGGGAGCGACAGGGCUAUUCACCGUCCCAUCAUUGCUGCCUGUUGCUCUGAAAGCAGCUACCGAAUGUAAGCUCGACCGGGAAAACGUCAUUAUUUGCGAAGUUCCCGGCGAACGUCAAUCGGUAGAGGGAUUUCGAACGGUAUCGGAGUUGAUGGAGCGUGGCCGCACGCUGCCGGACCUAGAUGCUCUCAGGUGGACGAAGGCACAGGGCAGACGCCAAACGGCCUUUCUUUGUUUCUCAAGCGGUACAUCAGGCACUCCGAAGGCCGUGAUGAUCUCUCACUACAACGUGAUUGCCAAUGUUUUGCAACUCCAGCUCUUCGAGCAACCUAUACGCGACGCGAUUGAACCUGGUUAUCGAGAUGUCACUCUGGGCUUGAUGCCUUUCUCGCACAUCUAUGGCCUUGUUGCCAUAUGUCAUAUUGCGGUCUAUAGAGGCGAUAGCAUUAUCGUCUCUCCUAAAUUUGUCCUUAAGGAUUUUCUCGCGAUGAUUGAGAAGUUCAAAAUCAACACCCUUUCAGUUGUACCUCCGAUCAUCAUCACCAUGAUCAAGAAUAAGACAAUCUGCGAUCAGUUCGACUUAACCAGUGUCAGACAAGUCAUGACUGGUGCGGCUCCACUUGGGAAAGAAACUGCUCAAGAGUUUACCUCGCAGCAUAGCAACUGGAUAACACGACAAGGCUAUGGCCUGACUGAGACCGCCACGGCUGUAACCAACUCCAGUCCAAACGAUAUCUGGUUUGGUUCUUCUGGCUGCCUUAUAGCUGGUGUUGAGGCGAAGUUACUCAGCCCCGAGGGUACCGAGAUUACAGCCUAUAAUAAGCCAGGCGAGCUCUUGGUGAAAGCUCCCAGCGUUGUACUUGGGUACCUGAAUGACGAGAAGGCCAAUACAGAGACUUUCCUUGACAUGCCCGAUGGUCGCUUUCUUAAGACCGGCGAUGAGGUCGAGUUUCGCAAAAGUCCUGCAGGCAACGAACACGUCUGGGUUGUGGAUCGGAUAAAGGAGUUGAUCAAGGUCAAAGGUCUUCAAGUCGCACCUGCAGAGCUCGAGGCCUGUCUUCUAGAACAUCCAGCUGUGGCUGACUGUGCUGUUAUUCCUAUCGCUGAUGAACGUGCUGGCGAAUUGCCCAAAGCCUUUGUUGUCAAGUCUGCUUCAUGCGCCAUGGACGACGAAAACAGUAUUACGGACGGCAUCCUCAAACAUGUUGAGAAGGCUAAGUCACGUCACAAAUGGUUGGCCGGCGGAGUGGAGUUCAUAGACAUCAUUCCCAAAAGUCCAAGCGGCAAGAUCCUGCGGCGUCUGCUGCGCGAUCUCGAAAGAGAAAGGAGGAGAGCCACGAAAGCGAAGCUUUAGAGCAGAACACGUGGAGGCCAUUUUUCUGAACGUGAGCGAUCAAGAUACUCCUAGAUUAGCAACAUUAUCAAAACCGGCGGAACAUAAUGGAACACCACAAAUCCGAAAGGCCUUGCAAUAUAUUAAAUUGAGCCUC